CCACCAUCUGCUGCCUUUUAUGGUCAAACUCUGGAGGGGAAUUUGGUACAGUAGUAAAGCCCGAGCUGGACCAGGCUCUGUCAGACACAGGAUAGCAGGGCGCUGGGGAGCAGUGAGGCAGCGUGCAAGGGCCACUGGGGACUCCUGAGGCAGUGGUACAGUCAAAGCAGGACAGCUGGCAUUGAGUGAGGCGGCACACAGCACCACAGGGCUCAUGGGAACAAUACACACAGGGGCUUAACAGGUCCAAGACACAAACAGAUGCGACUGAAAGGCAGAAGUAAAGAUGACUGAGCGUUAUGAUUGUCACUACUGUAAGGAAUCCCUAUUUGGGAAGAAGUAUGUCCUUCGUGAGGAGAACCCAUACUGUGUGAAGUGCUAUGAGAGCCUGUACUCCAACACCUGUGAGGAGUGCAAGAAACCCAUCGGCUGCAACAGCAGGGAUCUGUCCUACAAGGAUCGUCACUGGCAUGAGGACUGUUUCCACUGCUUCCAGUGCAAGCGCUCACUGGUGGACAAACCCUUCUCCACCAAAGACGAGCAGCUUCUGUGCACUGAGUGCUAUUCUAAUGAGUACUCCUCCAAAUGCCAUGAAUGCAAGAAGACCAUCAUGCCUGGCUCAAGGAAGAUGGAGCAUAAAGGAAACAGCUGGCAUGAGACCUGCUUUACCUGCCAGCGCUGCCAGCAGCCGAUUGGCACGAAGAGUUUCAUCCCUAAAGACAACCAUAACUAUUGCGUGCCCUGCUAUGAAAAGCAGUUUGCCAUGCAGUGUGUUCACUGCAAGAAGCCUAUCACCACUGGGGGUGUGACCUAUCAUGACCAACCAUGGCAUAAGGACUGCUUCUUGUGCACUGGCUGUAAGCUGCAGCUGUCUGGCCAGCGCUUCACCUCUCGUGAUGACUUCGCCUACUGCCUUAAUUGCUUCUGCAACUUAUAUGCCAAGAAAUGUGCCUCCUGCACCACUCCCAUCAGUGGACUCGGGGGAAGCAAGUACAUCUCCUUUGAGGAGCGUCAGUGGCACAAUGACUGUUUCAACUGCAAGAAGUGCUCAGUGUCUCUGGUGGGCAGAGGUUUCCUGACCGAGAGAGAUGACAUCCUGUGUCCUGAGUGUGGCAAAGACAUCUGAAAGAGUGCUCUGAAGAAUCCAGGCACGCAUGACACUUACAAUUUUAAUAAACCAAAGCAUUGAUGAAUGGCAAAGCAUGAAACAAUGUGUGAGUAAUACAUUUAGGUGCUCCUUGAAAACAUAGUGCCCAUAAUAGUAGCAAGGAGUAUAUUAGUGUAUGCAUAGCAAGAUGCAAAUUUUCUUUAAUUGAAGAGAGGUAUUUGAGCUUGCAUUAAAUUGGGAAGAUUGAUGAAAGAAUAUUAAAUGUGCACUCAGUAAUCUUUUGAAUAUGUCAUCUUGGACUUACACUGACACCUGGUGUCCUGGGUGCAGCAUCAUUCAAACACAAUAGUAUUCAGUUAUCAAUCCCAUUGUAGAAAUUCACUAGUCACAGUCAGUAAUGAUUAAUUGAAUCUAUGAGUGAAAGUGUCCAAUAACAGGGUGGUUACUGAGAUUAAGCGAGUAGCAUUUGGCUGGUCAUGUGAUCCUAACAUGGCUGCCCCCAUGAGGAGACCCUCUCCAUAAAGAUUCAAAAAGAUUUUAUAAGGUUACUGAUAUGACUGGAGUCUUCAUCUCACGAUUUAAGACAUAAGUUUCAAAAUUACAAUUCAUUUCUUUUUUUAUGAGGAAAAAGUACUGAGUGCACCUUUAAAGAUUAAACUGAAAACAUGGAAGGAUAAUAUGCAUUACUAUCUCUUUAAAAAAUGUCUGACUGAUUUUCUGAUGUGUUGCAUAACCUGUUUAACUUGCAAACAAAGUAUUUUGGUCUUUCAUGUGUCCAACAGUCGAUGGAUGAAAUCUAAAUAAAAUACCUAAAUCUAAAUACCAAUAUUAAUAAAGCUUAUCAAAACAAA